AUGAAUUCUCAUCAGCUUAAUCAUUUCGUUGAUGAACUAAUAAUGGCUGAGGCUGAGGCUGUUCCAGAUACAUCUGAUUUGGUGGAUCUGAAGCACAUUAGCGCCCCGCUCUUUAGCAUCCCUGGCUUCUUUGUUGGAUUUGGGGCCAAAGGAACGCAUGACUCUGACGCGGGAAAGAGCCCUACUUCUCCCCUUGAUUUUGGAGUUUUUGCAAACUUUGGUGGCCUGUUUAGCCCCAGGUCUCCCGCUCCAUCAUCGCCCAGAUUUAGCCAGCGGAACAAAUGGGUUUGUGACAAAAUUGGUCUUUCUGUUCUAAGCUCCAUGGCUUCCAGCAUUGGAGAUGAGGGUGGUCAGAGUGAUUCAUUCAGAAGGGAAAACAUUGUCCUUGCCCCUCAAAUCAAGGUCAAUGUUGAUAGAAGAGCCGAGCGUUCUAGCAAACUGUUUGAUGAUCCUUGUGUCAAAUCUAAUUCGUUGCCUAAGAACUUCUCCGCCGCUUCAUUGUCUGAUGCGAUAAACAUUCAAUCUAAUAUGCGUGACUCAAUCACUGAUGUCUGGGACACAACUGUUGUGGAAGAACGUAACUCCCCAAGGAGAUCAAGCUCAUCUCCUAUGGAUAUUAUCUCCAGCCAGGCCUACUCUCGUUCUCUCUCUGGCCGUGAGAUGGCACUCUCUGAGGAUUAUACGUGUAUCAUUUCUCAUGGGCCAAACCCAAAAACAACUCAUAUAUUCGGCGAUUGCAUCCUGGAUUGUGACCCGAAAGAGUUGGGAGGUCUUGGCACCAAGGAAGACAUUGAGAAACCGGAAGGUGAUUCACUGCCUAAUUUCCUUGAUGAUUCUUUAAGCCAGCUUUGCUCAUGCACAGGAAAACCUCAAGAUUGUCAGAACAUUCAUAUUGACAGCGAGGUAUCAGCAGAAAAGGAACCUGAGGAGGGCGGUGUUGAAGAUUCUUUGAACAUAUCGCCUGGAUCAAGUUACACCGAGGAUCUGUUUCCUAUGGCAAUGCCUCUUAACCCAUGA